AGACAAACCGGAACGAACUUGAAGAUUUUAAAGACAGAAAUACACAGAGUCUUGGAGAGAAAGAGAGAGAGAGGGAGAGAGAGAGAGGAGAUGGCGGCGGACGCGCCGUGCUGUGAAACUACGUUUUGGCUCUAUGUUCUGGCAGUCAUAGGAUUGGUGGGUUUCGCUGGUCUUAUGGCCGGUCUCACUCUAGGACUCAUGUCUCUUGGCCUCGUCGACCUGGAAGUCCUCAGCAAGUCCGGUCGUCCUCAAGAUCGCAUCCAUGCCUCUAAAAUACUUCCAGUGGUGAAGAAUCAGCACCUUUUGCUUUGUACGCUCUUAAUGGGGAAUUCUUUGGCAAUGGAGUCUCUUCCCAUAUUCUUGGACAAGCUUGUCCCUCCAUGGGCCGCAGUCUUGAUAUCAGUCACACUAAUCCUUAUGUUUGGAGAGAUAUUGCCUCAAGCAAUCUGUACACGUUAUGGCUUGCUUGUUGGAGCAACUGUGGCGCCUUUUGUCCAUCUUCUUCUCUGGAUUUGCUUUCCCAUUGCUUAUCCCAUUAGUAAGGUUCUAGAUUGGAUGCUGGGUAAGGGACAUGGUGUCCUUCUACGGAGAGCAGAGCUAAAGACAUUUGUGGAUUUUCAUGGCAAUGAGGCUGGGAAAGGUGGGGAUUUGACACAUGAUGAGACAACUAUCAUUGCUGGGGCACUGGAAUUGACCGAAAAGACUGCAAAAGAUGCCAUGACCCCAAUAUCGAAGGCAUUUUCCCUUGAUCUGGACGGAACUCUUACUUUGGAAACCUUGAAUGCAAUAAUGACAAUUGGCCACAGUAGAGUUCCUGUUUACUCUGGAAAUCCAACAAAUAUUAUUGGACUUAUUCUGGUUAAAAAUCUCUUAACAGUUGACCCCGAAGAUGCAGUUCCACUGAGAAAAAUGAUGAUAAGAAAAAUUCCUAGGGUUUCAGAAGACAUGCCUCUUUAUGAUAUUCUGAAUGAAUUUCAGAAGGGUCACAGCCACAUUGCUGUUGUAUUUAAAGAUCUGAACGAGAGAAAAGAUACACCACAGAAAACUAAAGAGGAUACUCAGAAUGUGGGCAUUAAAACUGACUCACAGGAUGCUGACACAGCUGUGAUUAAGACUGAUGGAGAUAAACCGUUAAUGAAAAGUCCUUCAACUACUCCUUCCUUCAAGAAAAGGCACAGAGGUUGCUCGUUUUGCGUCUUAGAUUUGGAGAAUGCUCCUGUUCCAGAUAUCCCACCCGAUCAAGAAGCUGUUGGUGUAAUCACCAUGGAGGAUGUCAUUGAGGAACUUCUUCAGGAGGAGAUAUUGGACGAAACUGAUGAAUAUGUAAAUAUUCACAACAGGAUAAAGGUCAACAUGCACGUCUCGCCAGAUCAGGCUUCCGAUCCAGAAACUACAAGUAGGUCAUGAUAACAGGCUCUGGUAACAGCACAUACAGUUCCCAAAAGAAAUUUGUUAAAGAGGCUGUUGAUGUUACUACUCUCAUUGUUAUUUUGUAUAAGUGCUCAGAUGCUGUGCUGUAAUUAUGUAGAAUGCUCCGUUUUUGUGCAACUGUAUUAGACUAGAAAUGCCCUGUAUCAGGUUGCAUUGAUUGCAAUCUCAAAUUCCAUACGGAAAGGAUAGCGAUGUGAUCUAAAAAAUGAAAUAUGGUCCAACUUCUAACCCAAUAAAAUAGUAUGGCAUAUUUAUUUUUUAGGCAAAUUUUGCAGUUUAGAUGACAUGAAAUGUAAUGAAAUUUGUAUAGCAACCCUGUUUCCUGAAAAAAUAAAAGAUGUUGUCUAGCAGCUUGUGCCAUUC